GCUGUCAUUCGACGAGUUUUAUUUUAUUGUAGAAAUUAAGGAAUAAAUAACUUUUCAGUGCUUAUGAAAUGAAGAUAUUUUCGUGAAUGAUGUACAUGUUUUAUAAUUUUCUAAUAGUUAUAAGUAUAACAAUCAUAUGCCGAUAGUUUCGGCCCCUAAUGAUGUAUAGCAAAAAAGCUUAGCAAGUUUCGACGAUGGCGUCGGAUGGUGAAAUUUCUUGUACGAAUGAUCCUAAUUUUGCUGUUAUCUACUCAUUUUUGAAAGUAUUUGGUAAACUGUACGGUUUAGAUAUACCUACUAUAACAAAAUUACAAGAGCUGGUGGAAAAUACUCAGGAAGUGUUGGAACCUUUGAAGGAGCUACACUUACGACUACUGAGGCGUGCUCUAAAGUCGGUGCAAAGUAAUCGUUGGGAAAGAUGCCUGAUAAAAUUCUGUCAUCAACAUGGGUACCACCAGGAGGCAUGGGAAAUGGAGAGAUUUUCUUACAAGAAAGCUAGCACCCAAGUGAAAUUGAAAGUUCUCAAGGUUCUUCUGGAGUAUCAGUUCACCUGCCAUCCGAAGUUCAAGAGCGCAGUAAAUGCAAUAUCGUGUAAGGAGCUACGGCCGGAGCCUAUAGGGCGGGACCAGAGUGGUUGUGUGUACUGGCUUCAAGUGGACCAUGAGGCCAACUUGUGUCUGUACCGGGAAGACCAGGAUGAUGAGACCUGGCGGAUUAUUGCCAGAAGCCGUGAAGAGCUGGUGAAGGUGAUAUCUCAACUAAAAAACGGCGAAGAGGUGUGUCCUUCUGUUGUGGCGAACACAAAUGAGGAUUCAAGUAGUGCUGAAGCUCCAUCACAACCCCUCCCUGAGUCUAGUAAAGUACAACCUGAGGAAGAAAAUGAGGAGGAGUUCCUCAGCCCAGAGUCCGAGUCGGAACAUGAAGAAGAUAAAAAUGCAAAAUCACCUAAAGAAGAAGAACCAGUGAAACCAGUACAAGACAACAAACAGAAUAAAUCAAAUGACACAGUAGAUGAUAAUCAGGUAGAAGAAUUAGAAACUAAAGCAAAUCCUGCGCCAGAAGAAAAACCAACCAUAUCCAGAGACGCGGAGAGCCCUCACAAAGCAAAAUCUCCAAGUCCUAUAAAAAUAAAUUUGCCUUCAGAAGAUAAAGAAACGCUUAAACCUGGAAGUCCACAAAACAGUAAUCCACCAAGUCCUAAGAGUAGCAAUUCCGUGACCCCUAACAACUGUAAUCUACUAAGCCCAAAAAGUAGUAACCCACAGAGCCCUAAAAUUUGUAAAUCUCAGAGCCCUAGAAGUAGUAAUCCACAGAGCCCUAUGAAUAGUAAUCAACAGAGCAUUAUGAAUAGUAAUCCACAGAGCCCUAAAGAUGGUAAUCCACAGAGUUCUAAGGGUAGUAUUUCACAGAGUCCUAAAAGCGAUAACCAACAACCCCUCGAACCCUCCAAACCCGAAAGCCCUAAAUCGGAAAUACCCCCAACGCCUACAUCAGAACAAAUCGAAACUUUAAAUGAAGAACAUGGAAGUCCUAAAGAACCUGAUGUUCCUGAUAAAAAAGAAGAGAAAGAUGCAGAAGUUGGUGAAACUAUAGAGGAACCAGUCAUGGUGAUAACGGGAGAGGGAAACGGGGCUGAUUGCGAGAGUUCGUAUAUAAUUGGUGAAGAAAUUACUGAGCCAGUUAUGUUUUUUUACGGUGACGGUUGUGGCUACGAUAACGACACCGGCAACCCAGAGGCGAUUGCUCGCGAAAAUGCAACUGAAAAUUCUGGAGAAGAAAACGGCAAUGGCGAAUCUAUAAACGGCGAAAAUCAUGAAAUGACGAAUUCUAAAACAAAAUCCGGCAAAAGCGUGAAGUUAAAAACUAAAUUGCCUGCAGUCGCUAAACGGAGCCUAAAGAAACAGUCUACAGACAAUUCCGAAGUACUUAAGCUGGAUACUAAAAAGCCUUGCGUACGCAACGUGGAUGUGUCUGAUGGUUCCAAUUCAAAUUCCAAAAGUGUAGAGAGGGACUUGAAGAGAGAAAGCAGCGUCAACGAUAAAACUUCAACAGACAGCGAGAGCCCUGGCAAGAAUAACAUAAAGAAGGGCAGAAGCAAAGUUAAGAAAAAACCAGAAGUCGCCAGAAAACUAAAAUUUAAAGAACAAAAAGAAGUAUUGAACACCGUCACGGAGACUGACAACGGACAUGAUAGUAAAACAAGUAUUAUUGAAAAACGGAAAAGCAGCUUGUCUUCUGAAGAUGCAGAUGAGGCUGACGCCGUAAACGACAAGGAGAAAAGUCCUGAUAAAGAAACAAAAGUAGAAGACGCCUUACCCCCUAAAAAAUUACGCUUAGAAACUACCCCUGAAAGUGAUAACGUAUCACAUUCCAAGGAAACUGUAGAUCAAGAUGUACAUAAUGUUGAUAAUAAGAAAACUGGUAAUUUAGAAAAUAAUGCGACUCCGAGGAAAAAGAUCAAAGCGAGUAAGGGGAAGUUUAAGAGAAAAAAUGUACAGAGUAAAAGUAAUAAUAAGAGCAAGGACAAUGGCGAAAAUGGUGAUGAAAAGAAUGAGAAAGUUGUGAAGGGUAAGAGUCUGAAGAGGUCGCUCUUGGACUCUACGCUUAGUGAUAAGAACAAAUCCGAAUCUCAGAGUGAAAGCGAGAACGAGGAGCCGGUGACAAGCGGCAAACGGCUCAAGAUUAAACCUAAGAAGAUUGUCAAGUCUUCAAGAAAAAAAGUAGAAGCAAAGUUGAAAGAAAAACAUUCGAGUGAUGAGUCGGAGGAAGAGACUCUGUAUAGUAUAGGGAAAAAAUCAGCAAAAAAAGUGGUAAAACGGAAGGCUCGGCCCAAGGAGAAGACGAAAGAAACCUCUAAAUCCAAGGAGAAAGAGAAAGUAAGCACUAAGAGCGAUGCGGAGGAUACCCCUGUGAGGCAGUCACGACGGAUCGCUCAGCUCAAGAUAAGAGAGGAAGCCGAGAGACGGCAUAUCGAGGAACUGGCCUUACGGGAACUCAAGAAGAUACAUAAGAAAAAGAACAAAGAAGAUGAAGAAGAAUGGGUAGCGAGCGAAAAGAGCAGCUCUGAGUGUUCGCGGCUGGCGCGGCGGAAGUCCCGCACGUGGCACGCGGCCGACUCCACCGGGCCCUCGGCUGACUCCGACUCCGACGAGCCGCUCUUCGAACACGUCGAGCCCGACUUGGAGUUUACAAAGUCCGACCACGAGUUCUCUCCUGAGUCUGACCUCGAGAGUGGCGAGCCGGUGGAACCUCUAAAGCGAGCGCGGACCCUUCAAGAAGAAAAGGACGACGGGUUCUGCAAGCAGUGCGGCAGCGCCGAGCAGCCGGAGUGGAUCUUGCUGUGCGACGCGUGCGACGCCGGCUACCACGCCUCCUGCCUCAAGCCCGUGCUGUUCCUGGUGCCAGAGGGCGACUGGUUCUGCCCACCCUGCAACCAUAAAAUGCUGAUAGAGUCUCUAGAGCGGUCGUUAGCAGUAUAUGACGAGCUGGUAGUGGCGGUGGCGGCGGAGCGCGAGCGGCGGCGGCUGGAGCGCCCCGAGCCGCAGCCCGGAAGCCCCGCCACCCCGCCAGCGCGGCCCGAACGGCACCACGACGUUGAAGAAGACGAUGGUGCAUCGUCGUGGUCGUCAUCGUCGUCGGACGGCGCGGUGUACCGGCUGCGCGCCCGCAGGCAGCUGCCCGUGUCGCUGCGGGCGCAGGAGUACGACCGCCUCAUCAGCUCCGCCAUCAAGGAGGAGUACGUCGAACCUACAACGAGCGCCGGAAACCAAGGUCGCGGGAAAGACAUCUCCACCAUCAUAGAGGCGGCUGAGGAGGAGAAGAUGAAGGCCGAGCGAGAAGCCAUUGAACAAGGCAGGCCAGUAGAGAAAAAGAUGAAGAAAAAACAGCGCCGGAAGCCUCGGAAGCUGAACUCUUUAGAGGUUCCCUCCGAGGACGACGACGAGACUGAUGAGGACUUCAAAGACACUGGCAUGGAAUCAUCAUCGGAAGAAAUCUCAUCAUCUGCGGAGCGGGAGAGCUCCGGAUCGUCUGGUACCGGGUCAUCUGACCUGCCCAUACGCCGCCCCGCCCGGCGCCAACACAGGAAAGAUCGACCAAAACUAGCGGAAUCAUCACCAGAAGUGAAAAAGAAGAAGAAGGGAGUGUUUACCGACAGUUCAAGCGAAUCCGGUGACAACAAGGAGUGGGCUAAAGAAUCCAAAUCAAAACGUCCAAAAAUGAAGAAACGAGACAAAAGCAAGAGCCGCAAAAGCCAUAAGAGCCAUAAAAGUCAUAAGGCACGGCGUUCAGGGGGCCUUACACAAUAUGACGCAGAAGGGAACGUUAUACGAGCAAGGGUGACGUAUGGGGGGCUUAGCGACGACGGUGUCAACGACUGGUCGCCCAAACACCGCACGCGGCAGAAGAAGAUCAACUACACCGAGAUGCCUAACACCGAGUCUGAGGAUGAAAUGCACAAAUCGAGCGGCAAGCACAUGCCGGAUAGUUCGGACGAGUUUAAAAUCGACGAUUCCGAUAUGACAUCGGACUCUGACUCUGAUCGGGCCAAGCGGAAGAAGGCAGAGGAAUCGGAACGCUUCUGCGAAGAGAAACGCAAGGCCCUAGACGACCUUAUCAAGAAGACCGCUGUCGUACCGCUGGAGAAACUGCCUGAAGACGUCACUAAAGCCAAGACUGAGGAACUACAGGCGCAUUUAGACGCACAGGCGGCGGCAGCGGCGGAGGCGGCGGCGGCCAGGCCGGCGCGCGGCCGCGGCAGCCGCGGCGGCCGGGGGUCUCGAGGUCCCCGCGGCGGCGGUCGCGGCCGAGGCGGGCGCGGCUCGGCCGGCGGCAGUGACGACGUGCUGGCUAAGCUCGUCGGCGUCAAGAUUAAAGAUCUAAAAGAAGAUGGAACCCCGUUAAGGCCUGGCGAUGCGGAACGUGAGAAGAAGAAACAAGAGCGCGAGGCGAAGCAAGCGGAGAAGGAAGCGCGGCGCGUGGAGCGGCUACAGAAAAAAGAAGAGAAGGAGAAGAUGAAGGAACAGAAGGCGAAAGAACGUGAGGAGAAGCGGCUCGCGCGACUCGCUUUGCAAGAGAGUAAAAGGUUGAAGAAGGAAAAGAACGAGCUGGGCAUGUGCGGCAGCCCCCCGUUCCCCGGCGCCGCGCCCCCGCCGCCCUACCAGCACGCGCCGCACCCCGCGCCCGACUACGCGGCGCCGCACCCGCCACACCCGCCGCACCCGCACCCGCCGCGCCUGCAGGUUCGUGCUGAAUUACGAGGCGUGUUGACCGGUGACAGAUCAGCACCAAUGAGAGAAGGAACUCUCUCAGUAGCCGGAUCGCCUCAACCUUUCAAACCUAUCACUGAAGAACCGAGUAUUAUAACUAGAAUGCCGCAUAUGCUCAACCAGCAAUACAGAGGGCCGAUGAUGUACGGCAGCGGCGGCGCGUCGUACGCCCGGCCCGGCGGCCCCCAGCCCGGGCAGUACCCGGGCCAGUACCAGCACUACUACCCGCACCUGCGCGCCCUGCCGCCCUACCCGCCGCACCACCCGCCCACCACGCACGCCGCCCCCGCCAGCCACGCGCCGCCCUACCAGCAGCACCCGGGACACCCGCCCAGCCCGCACCAGCACCCCGGCCACCCGGGCCCGCCGCACGGCAUACACGGCACCCUCGGCUCGUUACUGCAGCACGGCCCCCCCGGCGCGCAGCACCGCCCGCCUGCGCCCAUGUCGCACCGGCCGGGCUCGGCCGCCCCCCCGGGGCCCCCCGCGCCGCACGCGGCCCCCCGCGCGCCCCCGCCCUCGUCCCCGCACGCGGCCGGCGCCAUGCAGCACGCCAUGCCGCGCCACGCGCCGCCGGGGCCCGCCGCGCACGGCCCCCCCGGCUCGCUCGCCUACGGCUCCAUACCGCACGCCCUGCACCCCGGCCUCGGCCCGCGGGGCCACCCUCGCAUGCCGCACGGCGUCAUGCCGCACCCCGGCCUGCAGGGCACGCCGCCGCCUCACCCCGGAGCCCCGGGCGCGCCACCGGUGCGGUCCCCCCUAGCCCACCCAGGCCCCGCACCUCCGGCGGCUUCGCCCUCCGCCCAGCCCGGCGCCCCGGUCCGCUCGCCGGCGCCGACGCCUCCGGGCGCCGAGCCCCCGGUCAAGAUCAAGGCGGAGGUGAAAACGGAGCCCGAGUACCGCUCCCCGCAGGGCUCGCCGGCGCCGCGGCCGACGUCGCCGCGCGACGAGCCGCCGCGGAACCACCCGAAGAUCAAGCACACGGAGAACAAGGACCGGCGGCCGCGGUUCCCGCUGGGGCCGUACGCGCCGCAGUACGGGCCGUACGGGCCCUACGCGCCGCCGCCGGCCGUCCCGGGCCGCGAGCUGACGGACCUGCAGGCGCGGCCGCUGCAGCACAUGCACCAGAUCCACCGCUUCCUGCCGCCGCACGCGCCGCUGGCGGACGGCAAGGGCCCGGAGCCGCCGCCGCACUACCUGCCGCCCCGGCCGGCCGCGCCCGCCGCCAGCCCGCCCGCCGUGUACUACGGCCCGCGCGCCGCCCUGGACCCGCGCCCGCCGCCACCAGGGCAGGCCGCGCCCGCCCCUCGCCCGCCCGCGCCGGCGCCCGCGGCUGAGCCCGUGGAGCGCCCCCGGCCGCUGGCCCCCGCCGACAUGGCGCGACCGCUGCCGCCCGACGAGCUGGCGCCGCCGGCGUCCCCGGAGCAGCGGCCGCUGCCGCCGCGGCCCCCGUCUUACCUGGCGCCGCCGCCGGCCGCCGCGGCGCUCAAGCCGGAGCCGCUCGUGAAAGAGGAGGCGGCGCCCGAGGGCGGUGUCUUCGGCGGCCUCGUCAGCUACUUCUCCAGCCAGCACGAGGACGACAUCGACGCCUAG